CAGACAGAAGAACUCAUCGGACUCACCACCACUACUUACACUGGGCAAGGCGGCAAUGGCUCCAACGAAAACUAGCAAGGUCUCCUCAGCUUCGAAAUCUUCUAUCCAGAAACACCCUGCGUCUGGUAUCGGAGCGCCAUCCCAACUCGCCCAAUCGAGCCGUAAGGGCAAGAAGGCAUGGCGAAAAAACAUUGACAUACACCCUGUGGAACAGGGUUUAGAGAGUCUGCGUUCAGAGGAACGAGUCAUCGGCUCAACGCUACAGAAACAGACAAACGACCAAUUAUUUGUUGUGGACACCAAAGGAGAUGAUAAAGUCCGCAAGUCGUUGCCGCGAUACUCUAAGGCCGAGUUGACUGCUACGAAAAUACUUUCCCAACGAUCUGCCAUUCCUGCUGUGUUUUCUCGCCCAACAAAAGACUCUGUACCAUCACGAUCAAAAGUCAGCAGAGCUGACAAGGAGCGCCUUCUUCGCAUCGCAAAACGUCCCAGAAAGGGUCCAUUUAAUGCGGUCAUGGAUCACACAGAGUUUGGUGCAGGAAGUGCUUUAAUCGAUGUCAGCGCUGCUGUGAAACACAGUGGCUCUUACGACCCAUGGACUGCCGAGAAGAUAGAAGAAGUGGCUGAUGGAUUAGAGCAUACGAAGAAGCCUAAUAUUAAGCGCCCGGAGUUAUCUCAUCCCCGCGACGUCAUAGAUGUUCCUGCUGUGUUGGAGCCACAUCAAGGGUCGUCAUACAAUCCCCCUGCCGCUGCACACGAUGAGCUUAUUAUGGAGGCAUGCAAGGUAGAGCGGCGUAGACAAGAAGAAGCGGAUCGAUUAGCCGAAAUUCGACGCAAGGUUGCUGAUGCACGUGCACUUGUUGCAGAUGAAACAGAGGGCCUUCCACUUGGAAUGACGUUGGACGAGAUACCCGCAGACGACGGUGAACCAGUCACGCAGGAGGAUGCAGUUGUACCCAAGAAGGCAUCGGUACGUAAAACUAAGCAGCAACGAGCAAAGGCGCUGCGAUUGCGCGAGGAAAAGCAAGCUUUGGCAGAAAAAGCGGCAAGAAAAAAGAUGCUUGCCACGAUACCAUUGGCCAAAUCUCUCCGCUCAACUGCGGAGAAAAUUGGCCAGCGACAAAAUGAAGCGCGAUUGGCAAGACAGUUGGCGCUGAAGAUGAAGCUUCGGAAAGGCUUAGCUGGCCAACGGCUAGGGAAAUAUAAAGUUCCUGAAAAUGACAUCGAGGUUCAGAUUGGGGAGGAUCUAAGCGAAAAUUUGCGAACGCUGAAGCCUGAAGGCAACUUAUUCCGUGAUCGCUUCCGGAGCAUGCAACAACGAGCUCUCAUUGAGCCUCGCGUACCCGUCCUCCCGACCAAGCGAGCGAAGCUAAAAGAGUUCGAGAAGCACGCCUGGAAAAGAUUCGAGUAGGUAGUAUUGCUCUACCUUUUUUAUGUAACCGACCUUCGACUGUUGAUGGGAAGUACUGUCCAGUGUGUGAUGCAUCUCAUUGCGCACCACCACAGGACUUGCCCCUCAACUCAUAUGUUCCACCUCUGCGGAGGCGGCCCGUUGGCCAGAUGUGCAUGUCUCUACGUGACAAGGUGCUUAAGGCCGCUCAAAUAAAGCUACAGCCUUUGUGCUUAGUGUCGUAACGAGUGAAGACUUGAGAAAGGUUCGAUGGUCUCGCAGCAUCUACUCUCACCUAGUAGUCAUGUUACGAAAUGGUGCAAAAAUCAACCUUUACAUCCGCCCACUCGCAGAGGUAACAGCUUAAUUCGCGAUUCAAAGACUAAAAACACUGGACACUGUGGGAGUUGAACCCACGACCUUACGCAUUCACGGUUGCGAAGCGUACGCGCUACCAACUGUGCCAAGGGCCCUCGACUGAUGAAAGUCCUACGGAAC